AUGUCUAAGCAGAAGACGCGUUUGUGCCACAUCCAGAAAUGGGACCAUUUCGAUGGUUACGGAUUUAACCUGCAUGCUGAAAAAGGUAAACCAGGCCAGUAUAUCGGCAAAGUAGACGAUGGAUCUCCAGCGCAAGCUGCAGGUUUGAAACAGGGUGACAGAAUUCUUGAAGUAAACGGGGAGAGUAUAACUAAUAAAACACACAAACAAGUGGUUGAACUUAUCAAAGCCGAAAGUGGCUACACUAAGUUGUUAGUAACAGAUUCAACUGAAGAAGACGGAAUUAUUUCUACUACAACUAACAGUGUUACAGACAAAAAUAACCACGAUCAGGAAAAUAACAAGAAAGAACACGAAAAUGGUACCACUGGCGGGCAGUUGAAUUUAAGUAUGACAGCUGCGGAGUUAAGAGCGAAGUUAGCCGCCAAAAAAAAGUUCGAUCCUAAAAAGGAAGCCAUGGAUUUUAAACAAAAGUUCGACAUAGUGCAAAAACUUUAA